UGCCAACUGUAUAUACGUACAGCGUACAGUCCCGAGAUUCCCAAAUAGUGUAAACAUGGCCUCGCGGUACAGUCACGGUGUUCAGCGAGUUUUGGCGAAAUUAGAGGCGUCGAUAAACUCAGAAAAUUAUUAUGAGGCCCAUCAGAUGUACAGAACUUUGUAUUUCAGAUAUCUCGGCCAGAGAAAAUACUCGGAACUUUUGGAAUUGCUAUACAAUGGGUCGAUGCUUUUAUUACAGCAUGAACAGCAUGCAAGUGGAGCCGACUUAGGAAUCUUAUUUAUCAAUGUUUUAACACAAUCUGGAACGGAACCCACGCACACCUUCUUUGAGAAGAUCACGAGCUUGUUUAGCUUAAUGAGCCCUGCAUCACCGGAAAGAGAAGCGUUUGUACAAUUGGCUCUUAAAUGGAGUGUAAAGAGUGCAAUUUCUAAUAAAACUGGUCAUCCAGAUUUGCAUCAGAAAAUAGCUCAAGUUUUUUGGAGAGAAAAGAAUUAUAUAAUGGCAAGGCAACACUUUAUACAUAGUAGAGAUGGUUCUGGAUGCGCAGCAAUGUUGGUCGAACUUCACGAACAACGUGGAUACACGAAUGAAAUAGACCUCUUUAUAGCUCAAGCAGUCUUGCAGUAUCUUUGUCUACAAAACAAAGCAACAGCGCAAGAGGCCUUUAAUUCUUAUACUUCGAGGCAUCCAAAAAUAAAUAGCGGCCCACCAUAUCUUCUUCCUUUAUUAAACUUUUUAUUUUUUUUAUUGAAAACAAUUGACAGUGGUAAACUAGCAGUGUUUACAAUUCUUUGUGAACAAUACCAGAUAUCUUUAAAUAGAGAUCCGUAUUAUCGACAGUACUUAGAUAAAAUAGGCCAACUCUUUUUCAAUAUUCCACCUCCGCGUCCACGUAAUCAAGGAUUAUUUGGUUCAUUAUUACAAUCAUUCUUCAAUGGCCUGGAGGAUGACGACUCGGAUGAGGAACAACGAAAUACAGCCUCGACUUCACAUGCUGCACAAGAACUUGAUUGAUUAAAGGUGAGACAACACUGUGCAGUGUGAUGUUGAAUACGAAACUUUUAUAUAUUAUUUCUCAAUCCAAAUAAUUUCACCGACUGCUCUCGUGUUAUUAAAUAAUAAAGUUUCAAAUCACAAAUAUGUUUGCAAUUAAAAACAAAAAUAAUUUUGGUUUGUAUGUUUGUGUGUGUGUGUGUGUAUAUGGGUGUACAUGGGUGGAUGUUGUAUGUCCUGAGAGAUGAAAGUUGUUGGGACGACUUUUCUUGUCAAAGGAAAUUUAUCAAAGUUGUAAGUUAUAUAUACUGAAUCCAAAAUAGUAUUUACACCAGAAAUUAACAUUCUAAUUAUUUUAUACAUAUUUAAACAGAUAACUAAUUUUAUACAUAGUCUCUCUCUUAAUCAAAUAAAACAUAUGUGCAAUAAGAUGCAUAUUUUUGCAUAAUAAAAGUUUAAAAAAAAACUGAAUAUUUAAAAUACAUAUAAUAAUUAAUAAUAUAUAAAAUUUGAUAGAAACUUAAACUUUUUAUUUAAUAUCAUACUUUACAAAAUAAGGAAAGGAAAUAAACUUUCCAGAAUGAAGAGUUAAUACUUAUAUAUGUCAUCUGUCUAUAUGUGCUGUUAUGAAUUCAGCAGUUAUAUACUUGGACUUUGAAUAAAAUAUCCUCGCCAUUAGCUAAAACCUAUAUACCAUAUAUAUAAUCACAUCAAUGUAUACCUGCGUGUAAUUGCUGGGAGAUCAAAGAUUUAUUUUAUAUAAACUGAAACACGUAUGACAAAUAAAUGUGACAUAAUUAUAGCUUCCGUAAAAAGAAUACUUAACAAGCUUGCUUGUUGCUUGCGUUGAAAAACAUUGGAGAAAUAAAUUAUACCUGCGGAGCAACAAGCAAUGACAUUUAUUGGAGUCUAUACCGAUAUAAAAAAAGUUUAGAAUUCUAAUGAAAAGCAGAUGCAUAUAUUUAGUUAAGGAAAUAAAAUGACCAUCACACUAUGUAAGAAAAUUCUUCACAGCAUUAAUUUUAAUAAAAGUAAUAUAAUAUUUUUUGCUGUGUACUAAAAAGAAAAAAGGAAGCAUAAAUAUUCAGCCAAUAAUUUUAGCUUUGUAAUAAAUAUAUCCUAUAUACACACAUGUAAGUUUGGAAAAAUAUCUUUGGUUUUGUAUUAUCUAUCAUUUUAUUAUAAUUAUUUAAAAUGCAAAAUUGUAUGUUGUUAUAUCAAUUUGUGAUAAUUAAAUAAUUAUUAUUUAUAUUCGUUACACAACAAUCCAAAAAUUUAUAUACAAAUGGUUUUGCAUGCAAAAAUGAAAUGUCUAUUAAUUUAAUGUAAAGUUAUAAUAUUAUAUUACAAUAUUAUAUAUAUAUAUAUAUAUAUAUAUAUAUAUAUAUAUAUAUAUAUAUAUUACAAUAUAAUAUUAUAUGCAUAAUAUUAAUACUUUAGAUUACAUAUUGUUCUGAAAUGGAUAUCCUAUAUAUGGGUAUCACAUUACAAUCAGAUCACGUGUGGGAAUGCAAGAUUAGUAUUUCGAGAAAUUAAUUUAGAUAUUAUAUUUGUAUAAAUCACUUGAAGAAAAUAUAAUAACAAGUAGCAGUU